AUGUGCCUGCGCUGUGAGCGCACAUUCCGCGAGCGAAUCGGCGACGCAGGACACAUUCGGAUUCAAUGCACCAACAACCUGGCAACGUCAACUUUUUCUUCCACUCUCUCCUCUGCCUCAAACCCCGCGAUGACGACCAUCCCCGUCACCAACGAUCACACCGUCGCUGCCCCGACGUCAUCAGUCCCCGGCGUUAUACGCACUGCCCCAAUCCCCUCGUCGACCACAGCGACCAGCUCCGCCAACAGCACGACAUCUCGCAUUCCCCCCACCGAUUGGAUGACGUCCGACGUAUCAUUAUCCGCUAUCGCUAUCACCACCCGCAUUCCCACCUCCAGUAAUGUGGACUCAGUCCCAACUUGUCCUUAUUGCAAUCGCGCAUUCACCCUCCGACAUCGACCUGGUCGGUCACUUGCGAAUCCAUCGCACGGAGACUGGCGCAUCAGUGCCUGGAGCAGUCACGUACACUUGACGCAUCCUCCCCAACCAUUUUCACUGCCACCACACACUCAGCCACCGCAUGGGCCUAUUAGGUUACAUGCAUCUUCACGAAAACCUGCGGUAGAUUACCGCCGUCUAUAUUACAUCAUCACACCUUUGCCCACCGGCACUUGCACCACGCAUCAAUAUCACCUAUUGCCACACAAUGUAAGCACUCAAUUGACGCCUUUCAAUUAACUGGGAAGUAUGCUUCUCGGCUCCUUCCCCAUGUAGCUCCUCUGCUUCAUGUGUGGUCCGAGCUUAAGACUAUCACGGUACGCCAAGCACCGUGGCUUGGGAGGUUGUCGAACGACGCCUUAACUCAGUCCACACAGUCUAGCCAGUUGUGUGUGUUUGUGUGGAGUGGCAGACUGGUGGGCUGAGAGUCAGACUGUCACAGUUCCUUCUUAAUGUGACCUCUAGCACUCUUACGCAAGUGGUGUGUGUGUGUGUGUGGGGUGUAGGUGUGUCCAGUGGUGGAUUCACGUGACGGGCGUAGGAGGUCGCUCACAUGCUUGCAGGUGUAGACUACGCCUAGCGUCCGUUUUCUGGCACCCAGCUGUCACAUGUGCCUCCCCAAAUCUAGGCUCUGCCUAAAGGCCACAUCCCGGCAACCGCCUCGACCAGCGGGCUAAACCAGGUGAGGGUAUCCGUGUGUGAAUCUCCGCACGCGGUUAUCUCGUCUUCGCUGGCCGGCAUCGGCAUCUCCGUGAUGAGGCCCCACCUGGAACACCGAGGUAAAUGAGCCUUCAGGCCAGCGAACGUUGCUCUGCUGCCUUUGCCUCGCUUUAUCUUGUUUGUCUGCUCCCUGUCUGCUUUCGUGCCUGUCCUUGUUAAAACUGACAGCCGUUCUAUUGAGUCUCCUCUGUUGCUUUUGUUGCUUGCUGUUCUGACUGCUUGUUUGUGCCUGUCCUUACUGCAAACUAAAUGCCGUUCUGAUGAUUGCGUCGCUCACCGCUUAUUUUUCAGCAGCCAGUUAGCUUAGAAUGGGACGGGAAGGCUCUGAAUCCCGUCUCUCUACCCUCCCUCCCCCCUUCAGCUUACGUCAAUGUCGUAGGCUGUCCCAGGCUAACUCGGGUCGUUCUCCCACUAAACAAAUAAGUGGCCCACAGUGGGGUGCGGCAGCCGCCCGGGACAUUUGAGCAGCCCUAUUUAGGAAUAACACUGUUCACCCCCGCGAAGGGAAAGGGCUAGAAAAGAUGUCCUAAUUAAAUGCUGGGGAACCACGCCGUCUGCAGGCUGACCGUGGUCGCAGACGUAAAACACCGCCGAAACACUCAAAAUCAAAACAACACGCUCUUAUUCCUCCUCCCCCGCCGUCCCACUCGCCAGACUGGUAAAGUGAGUCUGCUCGCUCUGGAAGCCUGGAAUGUUCUUUCGCUUUUAGACAAUCCGAGGUGCUACCCUCCGAAACGGAGAACGGCGCUAGUGGCUCGUGAACUGGCGCGCUACAAGGUGGACAUCGCUGCACUCUGCGAGACCCAGUUUUCCCAACAAGGCCAACUGGAGGAGGUUGGUGCCGGCUACACGUUCUGGAGCGGUCACCCUAAGGCAGAGAGAUGGGACGCAGGCGUCGCCUUUGCCAUCCGGAAUGACAUCGUGGAACGACUGCCCUGUCUACCUCAGGGUAUGAACGAUCGCCUGAUGAGCCUCCGCCUGCCUCUCCAGGGAGGCACUUGCGCCACCAUCAGCAGAGUCUACGCUCCCCGAUGACCAGCCCCGACGCCGCAAGAGACAAAUUCUACGAGGACCUGCACGCCCUCUUGUCGACUGUGUUUAAGGCGGGCAAGUUGACUGUCCCUGGUGACUUGAACGCCCGCGUCGGCACAGACCAUGCUGCCUGGAAAGGAGUGCUGGGUCAUCGUGGUCUUGAGGCUCCAAUGACAAUGGCCUGCUCCUUCUACGAAUCUGCGCAGAACACCGGUUCAUCAUGA